AUGGCUACGACGUCGGAAUUUACGAGCAAAUCGUUCUCAGUCGCGAACAAAAACCUUAAGCUGAAUAGCAAGGAUGAUAUAGAUCCAAUCCUUAAAGAUCUCAAUAAGCAGCUCGAUGUCGAGGACGUGCAUUUCAGCGGAAACACUAUUGGUGUCGAAGCGGCACUUGCUCUAUCUGAAACGUUGAAAAAGUUAAAAUCAUUGAGGAUUGCUGACUUGAGUGAUAUCUUCACCGGUAGACUGAUCACAGAAAUACCUCAAGCUUUGAAAAGCAUUUGUGACAGCCUUUUAGAUUGUCCAGCUCUUGAAGAAGUCAACUUGUCUGAUAACGCUUUUGGUGGUAGAUCUGCAGAACCAAUGGUAAAUUUACUUUCAAGUCACCCCAGCUUGCAAGUAUUGAAGCUUAAUAACAACGGUUUGGGUAUUGAAGGUGGUAAAAUCGUUUCUGGUGCUCUCAAAACCCUCGCCUCUCACCCGCAAGGGUCUAAAUUGAGAGUUGUGAUUUGUGGUAGAAACAGAUUAGAGAAUGGCAGCUCUGAUAGCUGGGCAGAGGCGUACUCGCUCCACCAGAAUACGUUACAAGUUGUGAAGAUGCCUCAGAAUGGUAUCAGACCUGAAGGUAUCACCGCCAUUCUUACUGGCUUAACAAGCUGUGCUGGAUUAAAAGAGUUAGACUUACAAGACAACACAAUGACCAAAAACGGUUCUAUUGCAUUCUCAAACGCUAUCAAGAGCUGGAGUGGGUUGGAAGUGAUUAACAUCAGCGACUGUCUUACUGGUGGACGUGGUGGUAUCGAGAUUGCAAGGACAUUGGCCGCAGGUGUAUUGAAGGAAUUGAAAACACUCAGACUUCAAUUUAACGAAUGGGAUGAACGCGCUCUCACACCGCUUUCAAAGUAUGUCAGCGACUAUGGUCACAAGCUCACUACCCUUGAAAUCAACGGAAACAGAGCUGAUCCUGAUGAAGAUGUUAUUGAAAGCAUUAGAGAAGCCCUCUCGAAGCACGAUCACGGCGAUGCCCUCGAUGAAUUAGAUGAGAUGGAGGAGUACGAGGAAGAUGAUCUUGAAGAGGAAAGCGAAGGCGAGGAUUCUGACGUUGAAGAAGCGGAUGACGCUGUGGAUGGAAAGGUAAAAGAUGAUAAGAAAGCAGCAGACAAUACCACCGCUACAUCAACACAAAAGGAAAAUGAUCUCGAUGAUCUCACUGAUCAACUUGCAGGAACUAAGAUAAAGUGA